AUGGAUCAAUCCUCUGCACUCUUCCUAGCUUUGCUGCUGGUGCUGUUCGUUUUGGUGAAGUGGUUUAUUAAAACCGAGUCCCACCCCUCAGCGCAGCACGCCACGGUAGACACGGGACUCUCGUCGCAGAGCACUGGCGCUGCAGGCGGGCGCGCGCAAGGCACAGGUGCGGUGCGCAGGCGCCGGCGUCCGGUGAAUGAUGACAUGAUUGAAGUCGUUCAGGCGCUGGCCCCCCACUUGCACUCCGAACAGAUACGCUACGACUUGGAACGAUCCGGGUCGGUGGAGGCGACGGUGGAGCGGUACCUGCGGGGGGAAGACUUUCCUUUCCCGCCGGGAUAUACAGCUCCCAUCCCGCCAGAGAGCCCUCAGCAGGACAGCAGCGACCCUCGCAAGCGAAGCAACAUACGUGCUGAUGACCUACUGCAAAAGUAUGAUGUGGAUCCUGCAGAGGACAUGUCUGCAGUGGAGUUUCAUGAGCUAGAUAUGGAUGCGCGGAAGCGUUUUAUGGUAUGGCGCGCUCGUAAGCGGAUGGAGGCAAAUCUGCAGAAAUGA